CCUAACCUGUGAUCUAUGCCGUAUUAGGUUGUAUCCAAGUUGUGAAUGGCCCAGCGUAGUGACCUGUAUUCGAAGCCAUUCCGAGCAAAAAGUACAUACUCAUACAUAUAAACAGGAGAAAUAUCCCUGAAAGAGAAAGCGGGCCAGUCCAAGAAGCCAACCUACUCAGUUUGUCCUUUCUUUGCAGGAGUUUCAGUCAUAAUUUGAAGACUUUGAUACAUACAUACCAACAUGAGAGUGGCCAGCACCGUUCGAUACAUCUUCCGCAUCCCCUACCUGACCAAACGUCCAGAACGUUCCAUCUGGAAGGGUAAAGGGAUCGACGAUUCCCCGUCUAUUGAAGUCACAGUGCAUUGCCACGAUGAUGACUCCCAAUCAACCGGGUCCGAGAUGGCGGUGAACGCAAGCGAGUUGGACCUGCAUCAUGGCUGCAGCAGCAACAGCAGCGGCAGCCGAUCUCGAUUGGUACGGGUUGUAAGCUGGGCCAGUAUUGUCUGUGACAAAUGCCGGUGGACAGCAGAGCAAGAGCGCGAACUGGCUGUUGCACGGAGCGAGCUGGGGAGGUGUCAGAAAGCGUGGAGUUCGGAGCAAGAGUUGUGGUUAUCCUAUAUCGAGGCCUUGAUGGAAGAGAAAGAAGCCCAUGAAGAAUUCCUUGUCCAUCGAGCGAAACAGCAGGAUGACGAGCAACAACACUUCCGGAAGGCUUGGAAUAGACGACGAUCCUCUGAGGAGCAACCGGUGGACGCUAAUGCCCAUCGGGCUAGUAGCAGAGUGCGACGCUUACGAAAACGACAUACUGGUGACUUCUACUGA